GCCGUUUUUUAUAGUUUACAUCGAUAUUAUAAUUAUAUCGUAAAUUCUAAAAUUUGAGAAAAGUAUGAAGUAUCGGUGCUUCAAAAUUGUUAUUCAAAAUUAUUAAACUUUUAUCAGCUAAAUUUAAGGCGAAUACAAUAACUUGUAAUACGAGUAAAAAUUAGUCUCACCUCAAAUGCAACGCGUUUUUAAAUUUCAAAAAAUAAUAACUCUUAAUUUUUUUUAAUUAAAUUAAUUUUUUAAUGGCAGCAAAUUUUUUAAUCUUUUUAAAGAAUACAGUUUUAAAUAACGUUACUUUCAAAAAAGGGAACCUGUCAGAAAUUUAGAAUUGUUUUGAUUUUUAAAAAUGGUUCCAGUGUUGAAAGACGAUCGUGCGUUGAAAUUUAGAGAUUUACAAGGAGUCGAGUAACAGAUGGCGUGAUUUUAAUCAUAAUAUAAAUCGUGAUUAAAAUUAAAGUCGAAGAUUCAAAGAUUAAAAAUUAAAAAUUAAAUUAAUUAAAUUGACUUGUGAGAUUAAGAUUAAAAUUAUUGAUUAAUACGAUCAAAUUUCUUGAUUAAAAUUAUGGAUUAAGAUUAAUUAUUCUUAAUCUUAAUCUUAAUCUUGAUUAUUUUAAUCUAGAUUUUCCCAGCUCUGUGAAUGGGAAAUGCAAUUAAAUAUUGCAUGAAAUAUGAGUAUUACUCAUUGAGUAAAUGUCAAUCAAUUGAGUAAAAUUAAAAGUACUUAUGUAUCUAAAGUAAAAAAAAUAUAUUACAGUAGCGUUUGUAACUUUCUAAUUUGUGAACCACAUUAAAAAAGUAUAUACGUUUGAAACAUUACACGCGUUUGAAACAAAUCAAACGUUAUAUAAAUAGAUAAGUGUACAAAUAAGUGCGCAAAUAAAUUGAACAUGUGUCUAGGUAUUCUUUCAAAUUGUAAAAUAGAAUGCAGCUUCUGAAAAAAUAAAAGUCGAUAAAUGGUAAUUUGGUAAUCGGUAAAUUAUCAUCACACCAAAAUUUCUCAAAAAUUAGAGUAUUUCUUCGGGAUUUUGUGGAAAAUUCGGUGGUAACAAGUUUAAAUUGUUUAAUAAUAAUAUGUUAUUUAUGUUUUUAAUUAUGCAACUCAUAUUUUGUAUUUCUAAUUUCAUGAAUUUUGCAUGAAACCAAAUCCUCAUGAGGCCUCAUGGGCAUGCAUCCAUCAUCAACAAAGAGGGGCAAGAAGAUCCUCGUCAGGGCUUGAUUUUUAAAUCGUGGGAACGCCCGCACGGAACGAAAACGGAAAAUUUUCGAGUAGAAAGUUCAGUACCUGUGGUAAUAAAUAAAUUAAAAUUCUGUGAAAUUCUGACAAAUUAUUCGUUGAUUUUAAGAUAUUGUAUUUAAAAAUGAAGCGUGUCAAAAAGAGGACAAGCUCGGAAUCUAGGAAAAAAGUUGGACCAAUUGGCGCCACCAGGUCAAAAGGGAUGGCUCUUGAAAUUCCGGAUCGUGGGAAGAAGAGGCUCGCAAGAAGCUCUUACGAAACGUAUUGCUGGAUUUGUCUUCGCCCUCGGUCAAGAAGGAUUUUGCUCAGACUGUGGCAUCCUACACCGAAACAAUGGAAACUCGGGGGGCAUAUCAUUCCAAAUUGCGAAUUGGGGAGAUAAAAUCCGUCCAUGAGAGCAAUAUUCUGUGGUAUUUAAUAAAUCGGCAAUUGGUAGACACGUGGCCUGUUUACAAGCUUGGCAAAUGGACACGAUAUUUUUUUGGAAGGAUUGAAGCCGGGGUAAAGGGACCGAAAGCAAGAAAAUGGUUUAAGGAUUUGAAGUCGCCACCCCCUGGAUAUUUUGAUGAGCAGAGGAGACUUCUUGUCUUGUCUGACUUGAUUGGAUUACGUGUGAAAGAGUUAUCCAUGAUUUGGCCCUCACCAAAAGAUGUCACAUACUUUUGCGAAAUGCUGAGCAAAUUUGCUAAUCUCACUCAACUAGAAUUUGUGGUCACGGUUCCAAUGGAUUCAGAAGAUUUUGAAAGUGACCACUUUUUUCUUGAAGACCCUCGACUUGCAGGUUUAAAGACCAAGUUUCCAGCCGGAUUCGUUCUCUCAUCCGUGAAGAAAUUGAUGAUCAAAUUCGACUACGAUUUUGAAGAGGAUUAUGCACAUUUAGUCAUCGAAGAACAAGUAGAAAAGGAAGGAUUGGCCCGAUCUAUUUUGGAACUUUGCCCAAAUGUGGAACGCCUUUGUGUAGACGAUCACGGCAAAAUAUUUGGACAAGAAAUUUGCCGUGACGCCUCCCGUUUCACAAAACUGGCAGAAGUCAACUUUGACCUUUCGGAUCCACGCCAAGCUGGAAUUUUAUCUAUGUCAUGUCCUCUUCGUGUUAUCCACGUGCACUUCGAAAUAUCCAGCAGAUUGAGGGGACUGCAAAAAAUUUUUAACAAAUUUUCAAAUACAUUGGAGGAUUUCAAGAUGGAGGUGGAAUUGAUCGCUUGGGGACCUUGGGAGCCACAACCCGAGGGAGGCCGACAGUUUAGAUCAACGAUUCUUGUUCCAAAAAUGCCAAAGUUGAAAAAAAUUCAUAUCAAGGUAGGAAUGACCCUGUGCCUGAUGUCUAAAACAGAAAAACGGGAAAAUUUGUUACGUGUUGCCUGUCGACCAUCAGAAGAUUUUGUUUUUGAGACAGCCGCAGGGAACCAGAAGAUUGACUACAAUUUACAGUUCCCAUCCUUGACUACGAUUGCAAUCAAAGGUAGAGGCCACGAAGUUUUACAUGAUUUCUUCACCCCACAAAUCGACCCUCCUUGCACGACAGUUCGAUAUUUGGAUAUCGACUAUCCUUCCGAGAAGAAAGAAUUUCUUGAUCGGAAUCCAGAUUGUACGACUGGAUGCAACUGUUGGAUUUGGAAAAAUGACAUCACUCAUUUGUACAAAAGGAUGGCGGAAACUUUUCCGAAUGUGAAGGAUGAACGGUUCACCCCUUUUCGCAAGUAAUUGCCUAAAAAUAAGGGACGACAAUCAACAUUUCUGUUUUACAUACAUCGUUGUUACAUCUUUACAUCUUUUUUCGUUGUUCGCAUUAAUUUGCGUAUUUUUUUUUACUGAAUUGCUUGUCCAUCCAUAUGUUUCUUUACCAGGUCUGGCUGUUUUUUGAUGUUAGUCCUUAGUUAUUGAAUAAUUGAAUUUGCUAAAAAAUGAAUUGCUAUGUAUGCAGGCAGAUUGAGGUUGAGAAAUGAUUUCUUAUAUUUGUUAUUGACUUAAGUAAAUAAACCAUUGCAAAGCGGA